UUUUAUUUUUAAUAGAAAUACAUAAUAAUAAAGAUAAAAAAAUAUUUAAUUAAAUAUAAUGGGUCGAUCAAUUACUCCAGAUCCAAAAUAUUCAGGACGAGAUAAUUAUGAAAAGAAAAGCAAUAUAUACAAUGAUAAUAGUCGAAACUGUGAAAAAAAUAGGAGGAGAAGAUGCUCUGUUAAUAGUAAUAGAAGCAGAUCUCGCAGCCAAACUAGAACUCCAGAACGUGAAAAACGCUCUAGGCAAAGUAGAAGCAGUUCUAAAAGUUUAAAAGUUAAAUCAACAAAGUACUAUAAGAGUAAUUAUAGGCGAAGCACUUCAAAUAAUAGUUUUGACAGUAAUAAACGAAAUAACAAUUUGCGAAGUUAUAGUAGAAGCCCAACUCCCAAAAAAGAAUAUUAUUCUAAUAGAAGAAGUAGAAGCAGAAGUGAUAGCUCUCGAUAUGCAGAUGAAAAUAAAAAUCGUAGACAAAAGAAUGCUGACCGUUGGCCACAUGACAAAUUUUAUGAGAAACUUAAAAAAGAUAAUGGGCAUAAAAAUCGUCUUUCGCAUAAAAUUAAUUUUAUGGAUUCACGAAGAAUACAAAGAGAAAUGAUAGGAGCCGAAGGAAGCUCUGCGGCUUGGGGAAAAUCACCUACUCAUCCAGAAAUAACAACAUCUUCAGAUGAAGAAAAAGAUUAUAUAGAAAAGAUUAAAGAAAAAGAAAAAGUUGUUGCAGCUAAGAAAAAAAAGGAAAAAAAAUCAAAGAAAAAAAAAAGGAAAACGAAAAAGAAGAAGAAAAAAUACAAACACUCUUCUACUUCAGAACAAUCAUCUGAAACAGAAUUUGAAGAAGAGUGGAUAGAAAAAACAUCAGAGUUGAAAAACUUUAAUCCAAAUGACGAGCUUUCUAAUAAAGGAGAACUAAUUUCUUCUAAUGAUAAAUCAAGUGAUGAUGAUGUAGGACCUGUUCCAAGACAAACAACUGGAUUAACUCAUAAAGACUUUGGACAUGCCUUAUUGCCAGGAGAAGGGGCUGCUAUGGCUGCUUAUAUAGCUGAAGGCAAACGAAUACCAAGAAGAGGUGAAAUUGGCUUAACUUCCGACGAAAUCGCGAAAUUUGAAUCAGUAGGUUAUGUCAUGAGUGGAAGCAGACAUCGGCGAAUGGAAGCUGUACGUAUUAGAAAAGAAAACCAGAUCUAUUCUGCCGACGAAAAGCGAGCUUUAGCUAUGUUUAGUAAAGAAGAACGACAAAAGAGAGAAAACAAAAUACUAUCACAGUUCAAAGACAUGGUUAACUCAAAACUAAAAUCAGAUAAAAAACAAUAUUAGCUGAUCAACUAAUGACUUUAAUUUCGAACUUAUAUAAUAUGUUGUUUUAUGAUAUGAAAAUACACAUACAUAAUGUAAAC